GAAAUUUCUCUCACACCCCAGGUUAAGAACCACUGCUCUAAAUCAUUAUUAAUUAAUAAAAGAAAAAUUUAAUGUUAAUGUAAAAAUAGAAUAAUAAUUUUUCUGACUGAUAUGAUAAGAUUGAAUAUUGUACUAAGUUAGAUAUACCGAAGUAUAUCUUAGUGUAACAAUAAUGAAUCGUAUUGAGGACUUCACAAUAAGUACACGGAUUUAGACCAACAAUAUGAAUUUAAUUAACAAUGUUAUUCUUCGCGAUUACAACUUGUCUACCAUGAAUGUAGACGAUGAAAUUUUACAAUUAAUUACAAGAAGAUUCCUAUGGUUGCCGUAUUCUAUCGUACACUACCUCUCUAUAUUCUUCGGAUUCGUUGCUCCCACGUGCAGUCCUUCUUUGUCUACCACGAUGUUUCCAAACCGUCCGUGAGAUCCUUUCGUUUCUAAUCUCCCUCCAACAGUCUCAAGUCGACAGAAGCCCACAAAGGACAAAGGCCCCUUCCCACGUGGACGUGCUCCUUUUAUAUCCCUUCCUUCCUCCGUUACCCAAGGUACCGUUCGCACAGCCAAUCAUCGCCACGAUAUGGCCGUACCCUAUCCCGAGAACUACUACUAGCUGCGGAGCACUACAAUAUUCUCUAAAUGAUAAAAUACAUUCCUAAAUAUUGAUUUAGGAGUUUUAAUAAUUUCACUUUCUUUAUCCCAUAUAUAACUAUUUAUAUGUUUAUAUGAAAUAUUUUCAGUAACUUCUAAUUCAACAUUGGAACCAGUAAUAACAAUUGGAAGAAGUGUAACUGUGAUUAAAUCUAAAACAAUAUUGAAACCUGCAGUAGUUGGAGUACAGGUUGAAAUUAGUUGGCUUCAAAAGAAACUAAAAAAUAUCAGCAUAAAUAGUGAAACUCUUUGUAAAGAUUCUGAUGAAGUACUAUGUUACUUAUUAGAUGAUGGAGGAUUUAUUGUUUCUACAAAUCAAGGAAAUUUGAUAAAUGUGUUUGGAAAAUUUUUUGGUGAGAUAGAUGCAGAGCUUAUGUCAGAACUCUUUGAAAAAAAUAUUUAUGAAAGGAAAGAAGAAAUGAAUUAUGAAGAUCAGUGUGAAAAUGUGACUGAUAAUAAUAAUAAUGCUGGUAUAAGAACAAUCAAUUUGCCAUUUCAAGGAUUAAUGCAAUCUUUCAAUUUGGGUUGGCUUCUUGAUUUAACAGCAUGGGAAAAAUUGAGAUUGUGGAUUUAUAGCUUAGUAAUGUCAUUAGUGUGGCCACAAACAUCAUCUAUGCCACUGUUUGGACUAUCAACAAAAUAUUAUUCAUGCAUCACAAAGCAGGCUCGUUAUUAUUUGAAUAUAGACAAAACUAAUUUGAAAGACACAAUUAUAUGUAAUAACUGUACCAGGUAUUAUGUAGUAACUCAUGUUGGAAACAGUAAUUUAGUUUUAAUAGUAGCAUCACCAUCAUGCGCACCUUUAAAGUGUGAACCUGUGCCAAGACCAUUAUAUGCUCCUGUUGAAGUGUUGAGGUAAGUACUCCUGCUGAUGGGAACUAGUCUGAACAAUGGGAAGAAAAUACAUGAGGAGUUUGAACAGGAAACUCAGUUUGGGUUGAGUCUUGGAUGAGGAUGGAAGCUAAGAACCCAGGAGGACUGAGGUGGACAAACCGUGAAAGAUAUCCCCGAGCUCAAGUGAAAGUGGCACUGGGCCAAGAGAAAGAUGUGUGCGAGGAGAUGUAAGAAGCUUCACUAAAGCUUGAGGAUCUGUAAAGCUGAGACUUGAAUUGUUUGGCCACCUACUCGCAAGAUAUUGUUUGUAUAUUUAGUUCAGGAGUUUUAGAAAUAAUUGUAACAUGGUUAUUAUUAGUCCCACUAUUGUAAUUUAGUUUAAUUUGAUCUUUGGGUGUUUAUUUUAAUUAGUUAUAGUAGUCUACAGCUGUCAUGACGUGUGCAAAUUCAAUUUGUAACUUACUGGAUUGGAAAUUAUUACAAAAGUUUGCUUCUAGCCCUUGGUAUAAUUACUGUAUAUUAAUUAAAUUAUCAACAAUCGUGAGGCAGAUAAUAGUGAGGGCUUAUCAUACCAAUGAUAGGCACAAACGCUCCGGAAUCAAAGUGAAAACGUUUAAUGAACACAAGAAUGACUACACAAGUAUGGAAACAAAAAAACCCAAAAUGCACUUCGGACUAUUUUCUGAUAGAAAAUAGUUCUUCAUCUGCCUCAUGGUUGUUGAUAAUUUAAUUAAUAUAAUUAUUGGAUUGGCUUAUAUCACUAGUGAUGGUUUUAUUUUAUUAAAUCAUUUUUGUUAAUCAAAAGGUGGUUGUGUGUGCUUCUUUUGUCACUAUCCUCAACAUGAGUUCAAAGGUCACUUUGAAACUUAACAGUAUUUUUAUGUGUACUUUGUCUCUCAGUCUCCUAUUUAUUAAUUUUUUGCAAUUGCCAUCAAUUGCCUCUGUAAAAAGAAAGUUAUUUUAAAUUUCAAUGUUCUUGAAGUUUACAUGUCAUAAGCAAAAGUAACUACAAGCCUGAUUAAAUUUGUUGAUUUGCAUAUUUAUGUGAUUUUUAACACCCAAUUUCAAAUAAUUGGAAUUGUUAUCUACUAAUUGAUAUGUAUGUCUCCACUAAUUUUCAUAAACUCUGGCAGUUACACAUAAUUUACUACAUCUUAUUAAAUUUCCUGAGAUGAUAUAACAAGAUAAAAUUAUUUGAUUUUUUUAAAUGUUAUUUACAGAAAGAAAAAGCAAAUAUUGGAUAUUCUAUAUUAAAUUAUAGAUAUUGAAUGUGACAAACUCAAUUUUGUAUACUUAUUCACAUAUGAAUAGAUUUCAAUAUUUGCUCAGUUUACUGAUAUAUUCAUUGUAAAGUUAUCAUCACCUGGACAGUGCUGUAUAUUGCAGUGGUUUCCAAACUUUUUUGAUUCUAGGCACCCUUGAUAAAUGCAGAUUUUCCUAAGGCACCUAUGUCAAAUUCUAACAUUAUAAAAAUUUUAUAACAUUUUGUGGCACACCUGUAAGGAAGCCGCAACACACACUUUGGGAACUGCUGCUAUAUUGUGUUAUUAUAUAAAUAUUUAUUUUAUAAUGCUGUAAUAUUUAAUGAUCAUUUUAUAG